AUGAGCAAUAAGAAAGGUAGCGAAAAGAGGAGAUAUCUCUGGACUCCAGUAGCUGCUGGAAACGGAUACGACCAAUCAGAACUAAUCAAUCAAGCGGAGAAUCCUGGGCACUUUCUCCCGGCAGGCAGGAUGGGGCGAAAGCCGAACAUCAAUCUCAGAUCAGAUUGUAUUGCAGCAUCCAUGGUUGCGAGACCUUCUCGUUCAACCAAUCUGAUGAAUGACUGUGAUUGUGGUAGUGAAUUAUUAGAAUAUUUUCCUGUUCUUCGUUGGGUGUUGCGUCAUGGCCUGGCCAUUGAACCUUGUGGAGAUGCAGAUGGAGACUAA